UCUGACAUUUCUGGAUAAGGUGUUGAUUCCAACGGCGCUGGACAUGGAGAGCCCUGCGACGUACCCAGCGUGCGGCUCAAGUUUCGCUUAAAUCCGCUGCUGCUGAUGAAUGAAAGACUACAUGGCAACGGCAGGGCCGCCUGGUAAUCUCCGCGCACUACACGAGAGAGAAAAUUUUUCCCAUCGAUAAUUAAAACAUUGCCUGUCUGACAAGCAAGUUGCAGGUUUGUUCGCAUGCGGGCGGAUGGAUCCUGGCGCGGGUGCUGUAUGCUCUCCUUACCGCUACUCUCUCGACGUUCAAGAGCAUCACCGUCUCCCCGCCAAAACAAGUCUGUGUACGUGUGGGUACAUGGCUUCUUAGCAGGCAGACGACGGCCCACCCACCUGCCGGCGUCGCUGCAGCGACCCGUACACACUACACUACACUGCACUACGCGGGACAGCGCAGCACUGAUUCGUCGUGUCGCGGCGGACAACGCAGCAGGCAGGACGGUUUCAUGGGCCAUGAUCUCCCUCGUCGACCGCAACUUGGCUUGGACUGCAUGAAGGAUUGCAUGAUUUGUUUUUGCUGCCGUCAGUCCGCAGCGCUGCCCCCCCCCCCCUGCCGUCCUCGCCAAAGACUUGGCCCACAAUCAUUUUGACUGCUUCCGCCGCCCCCCAUUGGCUCCGCUCCCUGCUCUGAAUCCUGCCGGCCCUCCUGUCGGCUUCUUACCGAACGCACAAUGCAUUUCGGCCCUCAUGGAUGGGAAUCAAGACAGACGCCAGGGAACGAGAGGAAAAAAUUCUCUGUCCUAUCUGACGACAACUCAUCUUGCGUUUCUAUGACUCCUCCAGCAUCGUCUGCUCCACCGUCUGUCUCGUCUGUGACUGGCUCCGUCUCAGUCGCUGCUAUCUCCCACGCUCCAUUGAAAUGCGCACACACGAACACCAUACCAUUCCAUUCCGUCCGCUUGGAAGGUUUGAUGGAUACCAGGCCGCCGCCGCACGAUAAGGCCGCCGCGUGUAUGCAGUCCUUCCCUUUGUAGACAAAUGCUAACCAAGAUCCCUUGGCAAGAUGAUGGCCUACUCCUGUCAGAAGGAUGAGCGAGCGACCAAGAACAUACGACGCGACGCAGCCUGGCAACAUCAUGUAGGGCUGCAAUGCGUGAACGCAGCUCGCGCGGAAUGGCCGGGGAGGCCACGUUUGCUGUGCUCAGCCAGCACAGUAUGCAGCUAAACAGCCUGCAUGACGUGCACUGUGUACCAUCCCAAAAACAUUGCUCUGCCUGCUGUCGUCCUUCUCCUUCAGCUCAGUCAACAUCCAGAAUACUGUACUGUCUAGUGCUAGCUUCUCUCUCGCGCUUAUUUUCCAGCACCAGGGUCCUCUCUGUGUGUGGCGGUGCGAUCCUGACUCAUUCCUUGCUUCUACAAUCUUCCGUUUGUGGACGUGCGCGCGAAUUGGUCGACAAGUUUGCUGUGGCGGCACUUUGCCUCGCACCAUUCGUAAGCCAAUUAGUUGCAACAUUCUUCGGAUCCCAUAUAGCUCAUUAUCGUUUUGCGAUGCGCUCGUCACUGAUAGGCUCGCGCUUUCCGAAUGGCAAACCCAGCGCGCCUGAACAUUCGUGGAGCGAAUGCUGCCAAUAGCUACAUGUGAUAGCGCACACACACCAUGGCUAUG